AUGAACGCGCCGAAUCGUAGCGACUCGUAUCUGCUGCCCGAAGGCGCACAGAAGGUGACAUAUGAGAAAGAUACGAAGAUCUCUAAUGCCGGCAAGUUUACUAUCUUGCGCGAAGAUCACACUAUGGGUAACCUUAUUCGCAUGCAGCUACUGCGUGACCCGAACGUGACAUUUAGUGGCUAUCAACACCCACACCCUUUGAUCCACGACAUCACUGUGCGCGUGCAGACCAACGAUGCGUCGUCACCAGUAGAGGCGCUGGCCAACACCCUGGACGACCUGAGCACCGAGUUCGAUGAGAUUGCGCAGAAAUUCCGCCGUCUAACUGGCAACUCCAAGGAUCCCAGUUCGUUCAGUUAG